AUGCUGCUGAUCGCCACAUUGACCACGACAUUUGCAUUUCGUCUGUUCCUACACGACCUUCAGACACUGUUCAGACGAAGUCUUCCCGGGUCUCUGGCGGUCGCUCCCCAAGGUGCAGUAGGCGACUAUCAACCUCCGCCAGGGCCUGUCACCGAUAAUCAUUUACCAUUGCCCACAUGGCCAGUGGCAGCCACAAUGGGAGCUGCGAGCACGCCUACCUCCGACCGUGAUGCAUCUCAAGAGGCGAUAAAGGAUCCAGCAAAAACUAACGUGCCGUCGAACGCCCCGCGAAAGAAUGUUGCUAUCGUCACAGGAACGGUGACAAGGCCCGACGCGGCGAUGGCUGCGACGCAGACAGCGAUGGCGAGCAGGGACGCUGCCUUCGCAGCGACGAGCCUGGUGUUUUCAGUCCUCCUCGCUGCAGCGUUGCUCUGA